AUGGCUGAGAGAGACUGGUCUUUGAGGGUGCAGAAAUUAUGUAACGAAGUGAAAACUAAACUUUAUCGCCACAGUUUACACCUCGUCGCGAGUGAAGCUUGCGAAAAAAUCCCGCGCCACAUUAAGGAUUUUGCUCGUAAUGUCCACUCAUUUUUCAAGAAUUCAUCGAAAAGGAUUGCCCAAUAUCAAGAAUUUCAGGAAUUUUGUGAUGCUAAAAUUCACAAAAUUUUACGACCAGCUCUCUUUACACAUCCUGAUCGAUCUGAUCAAACUGGACAGCUAGACAAAAAUGAUCCACGUUUAAAAUCAGUUGAUUAUAUUUAUAAAGCAAUGCACGAUCCGCAAACUAAAAUUUAUUUAAUUAUCCUCGAGUGGAUUCUCCCAAAAAUUGUGGGGGUAAAUGAAUUAUUUCAAAGUGAUAAAACGAUCAUCAAGAUUCUAUAUGAUAAGAUGGUAUAUGCAUAUAAAGAUCUUCUCUCCAUAUACAUCGACCAGACUUAUAUGCUGCGUAAAAAUGUUUCUGAAAUAGAUCCGGAUCCAAAGAAUAAAAAUUCUAAUACUCCGUUCUUACCAAUUGGUAACAUGUAUUUGGGAGUGAAAAUAUUGCGGGAACUUUCAAGACCAGAAAUAGCAUCCAGGACAAACAUGGUUAAGGACAUACGGGAAAGAUGUCGAGAUUUCAUUGCAACAACAUGCAUGGAGUUAAAAAAGCGAUUCGGCUUCAGCGAAAACUCACCUUUGGCGAAAAUGUCCUGUCUGGGAUUCACUACAACUACAUCUUCAUCACCAACGAGACCAUCAACAUUGUUGCCAUUAAUUACAUCACUACCGCAAAUUAUAAAUCCUGACGAUUUUCAGACUUAUCAAUUGAUUUAUGACCAGUGGCGAAAAUUACCGAUGAUGAAAUUGCCUGAUCAUCUCAAGAAUACAGAACCUGACAAAUUUUGGGCAGAGUUGUCAUUAUCGAGAGACAUUGAUAAUACAAACUAA